CAAAAAGAGCGACUUCAGAAACCUUUCAGUCUUACGUGUAUAAAGUUAAUUUUACGUUCUGGAUUUUUCACAGUUUUUUUCUGAGAAGUCUUUACACUGGAUGUUGAAAAUGGAUUCCAAAGGCUGAGUCACAUGUGCAGCCUCAGGACGCUGCCACAGCCUUGACAUUUGUUCAAACCAAACACAGCUCUUCAGUGUUAUUCUCAGUAACGACCAGACACCCCAACAUGGCUGCUUACGCACUCGUCACAGAGAACUUUAAGUUCAUGUCCCUCUUCUUCAAGAGCAAAGAUGUGAUGAUCUUCAACGGUCUGAUCGCUCUGGGCACUGUGGCCGGGCAGACUGCAUACAGCGUUUUUGCCUUUGAAUGUCCGUGCUCCUCUGGGAGGAACUACCGCUACGGUCUGGCUGCCAUUGGUGCUCCAGCGCUGGCAUUUUUCCUCAUAGGAAUAAUGAUGAACAAGAGCACCUGGGACCUGGUGUCUGAGUGUCGGCUCAGAAACUGCAGGAAGCUGUCUGGAGCCGCAGCCUUCGCGCUGCUGGGAACCAUCAUUGGUCGAGCCGUGGUGGCUCCGCUAACGUGGGCAGUCAUCUCUUUGCUGCAGGGCAAAGCAUACACAUGUGCCCUCAGUGAAUUUCUUGACCCCGAAACUCUGGAGGGCUUCCCCUCUGAUCAGGGGUCAGCAAUGGCCAAAUUCCCAUGUCCAGAAAGUGUUUCGACAGAGCUGAAAGGCUUCUGGCCCGAAAUUGAGCGACGCCUUAAAUAUGAGUCUCAGCUGAUAGGCUGGCUACUGGUGGCAGGGAUGGCUGUGACGGUGUUCCUGAUGCUGUGUGUGAAGCGCUGCUCCUCUCCACUCGGUUACCGGCAGGAGGACUACUGGUCCGAGUACCGCUCCAAUGAAAAGACCCUCUUCCAACGCACGGCAUCUGUCCAUUCCCGCCUCCUGGCUGCAGAGAAUGUCAAGAACUUCUUUGGCUUUGUGGCUCUGGAGAAGGAGGAGAAGGAGCAGCUGACAGAGCACCAGAGUGCCAGUCCAAUCUGCAGCACCAACUGGAACAGAGUGACCGGAGUCUACCUCUACAGGGAGAAGAACGGGCUGCCGCUGUACAGCAGGCUCCACAAGUGGGCCACGUACAGCCUGGAGAAUAACGUGGAGGCCAUGGAGAAGGAGAUGGACACGUUCAGCUGACAAUGUUCUUCUGGAAGGUGGUCCAAUGACUGACUGCUCUUUCACAACUUCCUUUGACAAUUUCAGAAACUUUUUGAAACAGACAAUCUGACAAUCACGCACACUAGUUCUGUCACUUUGCCUAUAGACAUGUUUGGACUCCAUUUCAAUCCCUCAAGUCCCAAAAUAAUGAUCUACAAUUCCUUUUAAUUGCAGAGGGAUCAGUUCUCUGAGUUUUGUGUAAUGAAUCUAUUCAAGUAAUCCUAAUGAACGAUUGUAUUGCUAUUUGGAAACAAAUUGGCUUUUGGAAGCACAAAACUUUACAUAGAAGAAUAGAACUUGUAUUGACUGUAUAUAGGCCAUAUUCUUUAUCUAUAAUAGCCACCAAUAAGGGAGGCCACUUUAACCCUUUGAAACCUGGGAUAAGUGGUUUGAUUCCUUUCAAAAACAUAGCAAAAAAAAAAAAAAAAAACACAAUCAGGUGAGUAACACCUCAAAAAAUCCCAACAUCAGUUUGAGUGUAUGUUAUAUUUAGAAUAUUUUAACCACUUUAUACUGAAAAAAAGAGGACUGUUAACCAACUUAAAAUAAUUACUUAAAUCGGUAGCACAUAAAUUAAUUAAUUUUCUCAAAUCAAGUUAUCAAGUUCGAUUAACACAACUGCUUGGAAAUUGAGUUGAGAAAAUGUAAUUCAUUCAUGUGUUCGAGAUUAAAGCAAUAACUUUAAGUUGAUUAACAAUUCUCUUUUUUCAUUGUACCUUAUCAUCAGGCAGCCGUUUCCGAUGGGGAACUAAGGCCGUUAUCUCAAAGCCACCUCAGCCGCCUAACCACACAACUAUUAGCAUCAGAUUAAGUUACUUUACGACUGGAACUUUUCUAUACGCAGAUGAUACUGUCCUUACAGGGACUGAACAUGAUCUUCAGAGUUUAUUGAAUAUUUUGUACAUGGAGAUUUAAGAUAGACAAAGAUGGGUUAUGCAUUUUAGGAAGAAGGGAGAGUCAAAGACAAAGUUUAUUUCAUUUUGUCUUUGUCUUCUUCCUCAUUUUGUUAUAAAUACUUAGGACUUAUUUUAAAUGUAUGUCCUUUGAAGAGGGAAUAAAAGUCCUAUCAAACUCUGCAGGUCGAUCACUGGAAACUUCUCUUAAUAAGGUUAAGUUACGUACUGUAAGGAUAUG